AUGCCCAGCCGCAAGCGCGCCGCAUCAUCGUCUCUGCAAUACCCGCGCCGACCACGGCGAAUUUCCCACAUACCUAGGAAGCUCAAUGCUGUAGCUUGCAUUGACGAUGAAAAUGCUUUGUUGGAUGGGACUGAUGAGAAUGCGUUCUACAGUACAGAUGACGACUACAGGUCCGAGGAGGAGGACCCCGAGAGCGAGAAAGACGAUGAAGAAGAAAUAAGUGCGUCCGAGAAAGAUAUCAAAGAGGAAGAAGAAGAUACGGACGAAGAGGAAGACAAGAAGAGGGUGGUUACUAUCAUUCCUCACGAAAUGUUACGUCCGCUCGAUGGUGUUGAAUACGCAGACCACAAAAUACAUAAGAAUACUUUGCUAUACCUGGAAGACCUUAGGGUCAAUAACAGACGUUCUUGGUUCAAGAGUCACGAGAAGGAGUUCAGACGUGCCUUAAAAGAUUGGGAGACCUUUGUAGAAACCAUAACGCCCAAGGUUAUCGGUUUCGACUCCAACAUCCCUGAACUACCACCCAAAGAUUUUAUAUUUCGCAUAUAUCGAGACAUUCGCUUCAGCAAGGACCAGAGACCCUACAAGGGUUAUGAUACACACCAUCGGGAUAUCCAACUGUUGAAAUUGAGAAACUACCAUGUUGUGAAAAAGGUUGACGAUGCAAUCUUUACCACUGAAGACGGUCAGGAGGGGAUAAUCAACAUCAUCAGUAUUCUCCAGCCAUUUGUCACGUUUCUCAAUGAUAUAAUCAUGCCAGAUCCUGAUAGAGUUUAG